AUGACUUCCCUCAGUGAAGCAAAUGCUAAGUUUGCCACUGACUUCUUCCAUCUGCUGAGAAAAGAACACCCAUGUGGAAAUAUCCUGUUUUCUCCAGUUAAUCUCUCCACUGCCCUUCACCUGCUGCUUUACGGAUCACGGCAUGACACUAAAGCUGAAAUUGAAAAGGUGCUUCAUCAUCUCAGCAAAGCUAAAGAACAUGCAAGAUCAGGAACCGGAAGUGACUCUGAAACAGCAACAAAAAUUGACCAUUUCGGAAGCAAACUAAGCAUAGACCUUUCAAAUUUUUCAAAUGCUCGGACCGCUGCGAGGGAGGCUGGUUGUGAAGCUGAGGAAGGAGCCUCCUCACCUGGAGAAGAUGAGAGACGAGCAGAUGGCAAACUGGAGUUGUCAGUGGCAGAAACCACUGGCGAGCUUGAUUCUGAGGAAGUUUCUCCCUCUUACUUCAUUCCUUGGAGGAAACAUCUCCAGGGAAUGGAAGAGGCUGAAUAUCUAGUUCAAGAACAGUCAUCUCCAAAAGGAAAAGUAUCCCGGAAUCCAUCUACUUCACGUGAAAACCUGGAAGAACCUGUCAAUGAAAACAUGGCAGCCGCAGAAGCAGGUCUCCACACAUCUUCCCAUGCAGCCAGUGAUAAUAUUAGCGCCCUGUUGUCUGAGUUCAGACGCACAGUGAAACAUGCAGACGACAAUGUGCAGGCGUUCAAGGAAUCUUUUGGUAUUUUUAAAGAAUGUUGUGACAAAGUGUGUACAAGCAUGUCAAAUCUGCAAGCUGUUCUAGAAGCCCUAGUUACCAUCCUAAGAGAGUAG